AUGUCCGAGCCCAAAAAAUUACACCUCACGGCCUUCAUGCGGCCAGUAAGCCUACACACCGGAGCAUGGCGCUAUCCCGGAUCCUACGCCGAUGCGAAUUUCAACCUUGCGCAUCUGAAGUCCUUUAUCCAGAAACUGGAAGCUGCGAAAUUCGAUGCGUUUUUCAUGGCGGACCAUUUGGCGGUGCUGAAUAUGCCGGUCGAGGCGUUGAAGAGGAGUCACACUGUGACUUCUUUUGAGCCGUUUACGUUGUUGGCUGCCCUGUCGGCGGUGACGGAGAAGAUUGGGUUAGCGGCUACGGCGUCGACUACUUACGAUGAGCCGUAUCAUAUUGCGAGGAGGUUUGCUUCGUUGGAUCAUCUCAGUAAUGGCCGAGCGGCUUGGAAUAUCGUCACAACUGGAAACCCAGAAUCCGCCAAGAACUUCGGCCUAGACGAGCACGUAGAACAUAGCGAGCGCUACAAACGGGCUCGGGAAUUCUACGAUGUCGUGACCGGUCUAUGGGACAGCUUUGCAGAUGAUGCAUUUCCCCGUGAUGUAGAGAGCGGCAUCUACCUGGACCCGGAGAAGAUGCACAUCCUGAACCACAAAGGUAAAGAGCUGAAAGUGCGCGGGCCCCUCAACAUAGCACGCCCAGUCCAAGGCUGGCCCGUCAUCGUACAAGCAGGCCAAUCCGAGCCCGGAAGGCAGCUAGCAGCCGAAACGGCCGAAGUGGUGUUCUGCUCGCCGAAAGAUCUAAAGGCCGCCAAGGAGCUGUACGCAGAUAUCAAGGGACGAGUCACUGCUGCAGGUCGAGAUCCCAAGCAUCUUAAGAUCCUACCUGCUGCGCUUAUUAUUAUUGGCGACACGGUCGAGGACGCGAAAGCCAAACGCCUCGUUCUCGACAGCCGCGUGCACUACGACAGCGCCAUUGCCUCGCUGUCCAUCGCGCUCGGGACUGACGCUUCAGGAUUCGAUCCCGAUGGCCCGCUGCCAGACGACAUCCCGGAGACGAACGCGAGCAAGACCAGCCAGGCGGGGGUGAUUCGGCUCGCCAAGGAGGAGAACCUGACUGUCAAGCAGCUAGCGCAGCGUUACGGCGGGUAUUCGGGCCUCGCGUUCGUGGGCACGCCGGAAUCUAUCGCGGAUGAUUUUGGUAUAUGGCUGGCUGAGGAGGCUGCUGAUGGGUUUACGGUGGUUUUGCCGUUCUUGCCGCAGGGACUGGAUGAUGUGACGCAGCGGCUGGUGCCUGAGUUGCAGAGACGGGGGCUUUUCCGGAGUGAGUACGAGGGGACGACGUUAAGGGAACAUCUUGGGCUUCCGAGGCCGAAGAAUCAGUUUUUCUCUUGA